AGCCUCCUCCAUGUUUCAGUGCUGAAUUAAGCUUUUAUUGGGGACUCACUUUGAAUAAUCUUAAACAUGUCGAACACAGGAUUUUCUAUGUAUGUGUGUUUGUUUUUUGCCUGCUGCUUCUGUUGCAGCAGAGCUAUGCCAACUAGAGUCAAUCAGGAGGCGGUAAACGACAGACCUGUGAUCGGUGUUUUGACUCAGUUAGUCUCGGAUGAAGUCAUGAAACCUUUCGGGAGGACCUACAUUCCUGCCUCCUAUGUGAAAUACGUGGAGUCUGGAGGCAGCAGAGUGAUGCCCAUCAGAUUGACUCUCACCACAGCUGAAUAUGAAAACAUCUUCAGGAAGAUCAAUGGCCUGCUUUUCAUCGGCGGAGCUGCAGAUUUGGAGACUUCAGACUACGCAAGGGUGGCAAAGAUUUUUUACACGCUCGCUCUGAAGGCUAACGACAGAGGAGAUUUCUUCCCUAUCUGGGGUACCUGCAUGGGUAUGCAGCUCCUCACUGUGCUGGUGGCCGGUGAGAACCUGCUGACAAAGACCACAGCUGAGAACAUCUCGCUGCCACUCAACCUCACUACAGAGGCCGACUCCAGUAGGAUGUUUGCAGGUCUCUCUGAGGAGCUCAUGAAGGCUUUAGCCCGGGAACCUCUGACAGGCAACUUCCACCACUUUGGUCUCACACUACAGACUUUCCAGGAAAAUGAGAAGCUGCAGAGCUUCUUCACGGUGCUGUCUACAAACGUGGCUGAGAACGAAGCUCUCUUUAUCUCAACAUUGGAAGCUAAAGAAUACCCCUUCUAUGGAGUACAGUGGCACCCGGAGGUGAAUCGUUUCCAGUGGCACAGAAAGCUGAACUUUCCUCACUCCUCUCAUGCUGUUCAGUUAUCGUCUCGGCUGGCUGAGUUCUUUGUUGAAGAAGGAAGGAGAAGUUUACAUCACUUUGACAAUCCUGAGGAAGACGCCUCCUCGCUGAUUUAUAACUACACGCCCGUCUAUGCUGGAAACUUCUCAGGAUAUGAACAGGUCUACUUCUUCUGAGGAGCUCACUUCUCAAAGAUUGAUCCAGACACAGAGAUCAUUUCCAUCACACCUGCACCAGAGCGUGUUGUGUGACCAUCUUAGAAGUCUUUUCCAGUCAAGCUAAAAGUCCAUUGUUGACCUUGAAACUAUCUUUGACCAAAUGUUUUCAACAUAACGUCCAUUUAUAAUUUUCAAGGUCAUGAACGAACCUUGUGCAAUCAUUAAGGAUUCAUUCAUUUAUUCCUACCAGAGUUUUGUUUUUAUUUUUAUUAAUAAAAUAAUUAAAAAAAAACU